CGAGGCAUGGAGCUGCAGCCAGAGCUGCAUUUUGGGUGUCCUGUGCAAGAUGGUGAGGUUUGAUUCUUGAGUCCUUGGCAUUUUGUAACUUUUCAAAGCACAGCUCGUAUUGACUUGUGUCCCAUCUGCAAGUGCUGAGUGCUGUGUAGUCGUAGCCCCCAGGUCUUAUGUUGGGCACUCCGAAAGGGAGGACCAUGUCCUUAGUGGCCACUUGUGCAGAGCUUGGUUGUGGGGCUUAACUGCCAUCGUGCAGGAGCAUGGUGCUGGGGGCAGGGAGGAGUCUGGUUCUCCAGGGUGCCGUUGAACUUCCUUAACCCUGAGACCAUUCUUUCGCUUCCUGCAAUUCCCAGCCUCAUUCAGUACACGCCCUCCAUCAAAUCUGGAAGGGAUCCUGCAGGGUCCCUUGUGCCCUGCACAGCCCUGAUGCGUUCCUGAGGCUGUUCAUCCUCUGCACCGACUGAACCUGAGUUCUGCGGAAAAGCAGUAUGUGGGCACGUAAUUAAGGAAUGUUUCUGUAUGGAAAUGAAGCGUGCUCGCUGCAGACGUCUUCAGAGGCCUCUUGCAUGGCCAGAAUGGGAGUGCCUGUCAGAGGAGUGUCGCUCCGUGAUCCAGGAGCAAGCCACAGCCCUGGGCCUGGCCAUGUUCUCCCUGCUGGUGAGGCGCUGUACCAGCCUACUGAAGGAGUCUACCCGAGCUCAGUCCCAAGAGGAGGAGCAGGAACCUGAGCAAGAAGUCACAGAGGAUGACAUCAAGGUCUCUGCCUUGCCCCAGGAUCUGAAGGAGUUGCUCCCCAGCGUGAAGGUCUGGUCAGACUGGAUGCUCGGCCACCCGGACACCUGGAACCCCCCUCCCAUCUCCCUCGAGCUGCCCAAACAGGUCUCGGUGGACGUGUGGGUGACGCUGGCUGACUUCUGUAACAUCCUGACCACGGUGAAUCAGUCAGAGGUGCCAUUAUACAAGGACCCGGAUGAAGACCUUGCCCUGCUCAGCCUGGAAGAGGAUCGGCUCCUGUCGGGCUUCGUCCCCCUGCUCGCUGCCCCCCAGGAGCCCUGCUACGUGGAGAAAACCUCGGACAAGGUUAUUGCAGCCGACUGCAAGAGGGUCACAGUUCUGAAGUAUUUCCUGGAAGCCCUUUGUGGACAAGAAGAGCCUUUGCUGGCAUUCAAGGGUGGAAAAUAUGUGUCAGUGGCACCCGUCCCAGACGCCAUGGGAAAGGAAAUGGGAAGCCAAGAGGGAAAACAACUGGAAGAUCAGGAGGACGACGUGAGGGUUGAGGCGUUUGAGGAUGACUCCGAGGCUGAAGGAAGUGGGGGAGAGCUUGACAUCAAGGAGCUCCGAGCUAAGAAGCAAGUGCUAGUGCGGAAAGUAGCUGAGCAGCAGCGUCGGCAGGACAAGAUCCAGGCUGUGCUGAAGGAUCAGAGUCAGAUGAGACAGAUGGAGCUGGAGAUCCGGCCCAUCUUCCUGGUGCCAGACACCAACGGGUUCAUCGACCACCUGAGCAGCCUGGCGCGGCUGCUGGAGUGCAGGAAGUUCAUCCUGGUGGUGCCCCUGAUCGUGAUCAACGAGCUGGACGGCCUAGCCAAGGGCUCGGAGACGGAGCACCGUGCUGGGGGCUACGCCCGCCAGCUGCAGGAGCGAGCCAGGAAGUCCAUUGAGUUCCUGGAGGGGCGCUUUGAGAGCCGCGACAGCUGCAUGAGGGCCCUUACCAGCCGUGGCAAUGAGCUCGAGUCCAUCUCCUUCCGCAGUGAAGACACCACUGGCCAGCAGGGCAACAACGAUGACCUGAUCCUGUCCUGCUGCCUCCAUUACUGCAAUGACAAGGCCAAGGACUUCAUGCCAGCUAACAAAGAUGACCCAAUCCGCCUGCUGAGAGAGGUGGUGCUGCUGACGGAUGACCGGAACCUGCGGGUCAAGGCGCUGACCCGGAACGUGCCCGUGCGGGACAUUCCCACCUUCCUGAAGUGGGCCCAGGAGGGUUGAGCGCGUGCGGGCAGGAGAGGCCGAGUGAGUACCGCAGCGCGUGGCCCGUGGGACCGUGGCGUUUGAGGCAGGCUUUGCAACACGUCGCCUGCCACCCGCCCACCCGUGAACAAUAAAUGCCACGUCUUCACCCCCUGGGAUGGCCGUGCUGCCGUGGGGCAGGCGCGCUGGGAAGGUCGUUGCUGCCGAUGGUUCGUACAGAGGCUGGAGCACUGAGGCUCAGGUGAAGCCAAGCAAGUAGGCGCUGUGUCCCAGAAGACUUUGGGGUGAGCUCUGGGGUCAGUCUCGCAGCCUCUGGCUCCUGAUGGUUUCCUUGAGGGCAGCGAGUUAACAGCAGGGGCUGUCCCCCCCAGUGCUUACCUUGUGUGUGGGGCGCAGGGGCAAGAGUGACCUGUUGUCCUAGCCCCUCCCAAAGAGCAGGACCCUGUGGACAGGCUGGGGCUGCCCAUGCUAAAGCAGACCCUGGUCUGUGGGGUCAGACUCUCCCCUGCUGCCAUCAUCGCCAUCUCACCCCCUUGCUGCUUCUGCUUCCUCGCAGCGCUGCGCUUUCCUUUGGGUCCCAGUUGCACCCUGGGGCAGGACGGGGUUGGGCCUGGGCAAGCCCAUAGGCUGCCCUUCUUCCUGGCAGCAGAGUCUGCCUGGAGCUGAUGAGCGUGGGGCUUCUCUCUCCCUUGGGAGAUGCCCUUGCCCCCGUGAGCCCUGGAGCACCAGGGCGUGAGGGCCCUCUUCCCCCGGUCUGCGGGGCAGCAUCAUCACUGAGGCACCAUCGCCCUGCAGCUGUUCCUGCCCCUCUGCUGUGCCUCUCCCCAUGCCAGACACACUCCUGCUCCCUGUCCCAGAUCCCUCUUACACUCCUUCGGGCACUCAGGCAGUCGGCUCCGACUGACGUUAGGCUGCAGUGUCCUGGGCAUCGUGGUGGGAUCACUAGCUGCUGCCCCAUGGACCCCGAGGGUGGGGUCAGGCCAAGUGGGAUGCUCUGUUUCCCUGGGG